AUGAAUACAUUAGCAAAAUACAACGAGUUUGGGGUAGCUGUUCCCAUGCACACUUUUGCCCUUCAGCAAAUAUAUGUCCGUCACCUCUUUCUCAUCAAAGUUAGGAUGCCUCCGGUUGUUUUGCGCUUGCUGCUGGCUAAGGAUGAAGAACCUGGCACUUACAGGCCUUAUGAUCUCGGAGAGGAAAUGGGAGUCUGGGUGAACAACUCCGAUGGUGUAACUCCUGCUGUUGGAAAGGUCUGGCCCCCCGGAGACUCGGUGUUUCCUGACUACACCAACCCCAAGACAGUGGAAUGGUGGACCCAGAUGUGUCUGGAGUUUAAGGAUGUCCUUGACUAUGAUGGGAUCUGGAUUGAUAUGAAUGAACCAUCUAAUUUCUUAAGAGGCCAGUAUCCUGGAUGUGCUGUUAAUGAUAUCAAUAACCCUCCUUACAUUCCUAGCAUUUCUGAUCGUUCCUUGGCACAAAAGACAUUGUGUCCUGACUCCAAAACUUACCUUGGAGAGCAUUAUAACACACACUCUCUCUUCGGCUGGUCACAGACAGCACCAACUUUCCAUGUUGUCCAGCAGGCAACUGGAAAGCGAGCGUUUGUCUUGAGUCGGUCUACAUUUGUUGGCAGUGGUAAACAUGGGGGUCACUGGCUGGGUGACAACUUCUCUCAAUGGAAGGACAUGCACUUGUCAGUCAUUGGAAUCCUAGAAUUCAACCUCUUUGGCAUCCCCUAUAUCGGCGCAGAUAUCUGUGGGUUUAACUAUAACACUACUUAUGAACUCUGCUUGCGCUGGAUGCAGCUUGGCUCUUUCUAUCCAUUUUCCAGAAACCACAAUGCAGAGGGAAAUCACGAACAAGACCCAGCGGUGUUUGGAGAAGAGUUUGCCAAGAUUUCCCGUGCUACGCUUCGGAUCAGAUACUCACUGCUGCCAUACUUAUACACCUUGUUCUUUGAGUCUCAUGUUCAUGGAAACACGGUGGUACGGUCCCUGAUGCACGAAUUUACCUCUGAUCAGCAGACUCACGGAAUAGAUACUGCCUUCCUUUGGGGACCUGCUUUUAUGAUUGCUCCUGUUCUUCAAGAG